AUGGAGCAGCCCCUGGGCACAAGGGACCCUCUGCACACCCCACCCAUCCCUCCGUGCUGCGGGGCACCACCCACACACCCCGCCAACCCGGCACAGCCCACAGCGCCCCGCACCAAGGACACCUUGGGCACUCCCGCUCUCCACGGCACCCUCCGGGCUCUGCUCGGCAGCGCUGCGGCCCCGGGCACACCUGCGUCCUCCGCGGGCAUCCCCGCAUCCUCCCAAGCAUCCCUGCAUCUUCCCCGGGCUUCCCUGCGGCACCGGGGCCCCGCAUCCCCCCGAGCAUCCCCGCAUCCUCCCGGUACCGGUCCCCACCGCGGCGCCGGCCAUCUCCCGGCCCCGAGCAUCCCCCGCUCCCCCGGCCCUUACCGGCAGGUGCGGGGCGGCCGCGGGCACCGCCGGGAGCGGGAGCGGGCGCGGGCGCGGGCACGGCCGCCGCCGCCGCCGCUCUUAAAGGGCCCGGUGCCCGCCGGUGCGGCAAGUGAGGAGGGAUGCACCGGGCUCCGCCACCCGCCGCGCACAGCGGGCACCGUGCCCAGCGCCCCGGUGCCACACGCGCGCGGCGGGGAGCACCGGCAGAGCGCGGAGCCGCCGUCCGCCCUGACCGGGAGGCACCGGCAACAAGGGGCGGCCCUGGGGCGGCUCCGCGGUGCCCGCACAGCGCCCCCUGGCGGCACCGCUGCGCACGCGCUCGCCCCCCCCCCCCCCCCCCCGCCGCGCUCCGUGGUCUCGCCCGUCGCUCCCCCCGCGCCCCGGCCGUGGUCCGUCCCUCCGCCCCGCUCCCGCGCAUGCGCGCUCCCGCCGGACGCGGCCCGGGCCGGCUGCGCGCUCGGGCGGCGCCGCGCGCACGCGCAGAGCGGGGAGCCGUGA